AUGGAUAAAUUCAAGGCUGCGCUCGUGCUGGCUGGGGUAGGGGAUGCUCUGGGGUAUCGCAACUUCUCCCGAGAAAACAAUGCUCUGGGGGCGAAAAUCCAGCAGGAACUGAAGGAAAUUGGAGGGCUUGAGAACCUGGUGCUCUCUCCUGACAAGUGGCCAGUAAGUGACAACACGCUCAUGCACAUGGCUACAGCUGAGGCUGUCAUCACAGAUUACUGGUGUCUAGAGGACCUGUACCGUGAGCUGGUGAAACGCUACGUGGAUGCUAUCGACAAGCUCUCGGGCAGAAGGCCAGACCCUGCUACCAUAGAAGGCUGCAGGGAAUUAAAACCAGACAACUACCUCCUCGCUUGGCACACGCCGUUCAACGAGAAGG